UAUAGCCUAGUCAGUGUUGGCAGUGCACUGGUAGAAGGAUCGCUUGGGAGCUUAAGUUUUUGGAUUUAGACGUGUUUUUAUUAAAGCUAGGCUAUUUUAAAACAAUACUUUUUUCACUUGAAAAAACAAAACAAAAAUGAGACACGUAUUGAUUUUGCUUCUUGGAGUUCAUCUCAGCUAUGCGACGAGACACUCUCUGCAAUACUUUGGCACUGGUGUAUCUGGAGACAGUAACAUUGCAGAGUAUACUGAAGUUGGUCUGCUGGAUGGUUGUGAAUUCAUGUACUUUGACAGCAACAUAAAGAAAGCUGUGCCAAAGACAGAGUGGAUUAAACGGAAUGGAGCAGAUUAUUGGGACAGAGUGACCCAGAUACUGAUCGGCAACCAUCAAGUGUCCAGAAACAACAUUCAAGUGGUAAAAGAACGAUUCAACCAGACAGGAGGUGUGCACACAAUCCAGUUUUUGUACGGCUGUGAAUUGGAUGAUGAGACUGGAGCUACAGAUGGAUUCAUGCAGCAUGGAUAUGAUGGAGAGGAUUUUCUGUCUCUGGAUUUGAAGGAGCUGAGAUGGAUUUCACCGAUUCAACAGGGAGUCAUCACAACACAAAAGUGGAACAAUAACAGAGCCCUGCUUGAGAAUAAUAAACAGUACUUCACCACUGAAUGUGUUGAUUGGAUGAAGAAGUACCUGCAGUAUGAAAAAGACAUCCAUGAGAAACUAGUUUCUCCUGAGGUUUCUCUCAUCCAGAAGGAUUCCUCUUCUCCACUAAUCUGUCAUGCUACAGGUUUCUACCCCUGUAAAGUAACUAUCACCUGGCUGAAAAAUGAUCAAGAGCAUGAUGAGGAUGUGGAUCUUGGUGAACUUGUUCCUAAUGAAGAUGGAACUUAUCAGAAAUCAAGCACACUUAAAGUUAAACCUGAUGAGCUGAAUAACAACAAGUUCAGAUGUGUGGUUGAACAUCAGGGCAAGAAAGUGACAAAAGAUAAGAUCAGAACAAACAAUGGAGAUUCUGUUGGCAUUAUCGUUGGUGUUGUUGCUGCUGUUGUCCUGUUACUUGUUGCUGGUAUUGCUGGACUUAAGUUCUAUCAAAAAAAGAAAGGCUUUAAACCUGUCAACACCUCUGAUGGUGGAUCUAACAGCUCUAGCAGUCAGAUAGGACCAUGUGACCUCACCACCACGUCCGAGCCUCAGUUUCCCUGUGUCCAACUCCAGCCGGGUGCUCUGACUGAAGGUCCCAUCAGAUGCCUGUCUGUGACCCGUCACACUCCCCUGACCCAGAGAUCGAGACUUCCCAUCGGCACCAGUAAACUCCCAGCUCAGCUCCAGUAUGUGAGGAGCAAAACCAGACGCCUCACACUGAGCCACCACCACCUGCCCAGGUACAAGCAGAGGAAGAGGAGACGGAUGAGGAUCUUGUUGGUCUUGGGGUUCGUGUUUGUCAUUAAGGAGUCGGACGCUGCAAUGCACACUUUGCAGUACUUCUUUACGGCAACAUCAGGUAUAACAAACUUUCCGGAGUUUGUUUCUCUUGGGAUGGUUGAUGGGCAGCAGGUUGACUACUAUGACAGCAAAAUUAAAAGAACAAUUCCGAAAACGCAGUGGGUGAGUGCAGCUGUAGAACCCGAGUACUGGGACCAGCAAACCCAGAAAUGUGUUGGAAUGGAACAGAAAUAUAAAAACAAUAUCGAUAUUGUGAAAAACCGCUUCAAUCUGAGUGGAGGUGUUCACACAAGUCAAGUAAUUUACGGCUGUGAAUGGAAUGAUGAGACUGGAGACACAAAUGGUUUUCACCAAGAAGGAUAUGAUGGAGAGGACUUUCUGUCUCUGGAUCUAAAGUACCUCAGAUGGAUUUCACCACAACAGCAAGGAUUCAUAACCCAACAAAAGUGGAACAAUAAUAGAGCUCUGAUUGAAAAUAAAAGACAGUACUUAAGUGCUAUCUGCAUAGAGUGGCUAAAGAAGUAUUUAGAGUAUGGAAAGAGCAACCUUGAAAAAACAGUCUCUCCUCAGGUGUUUCUCUUACAAAAGGAUCUUUCUUCUCCAGUGAUGUGCCAUGCUACAGGUUUCUACCCCAGUGGAAUAAAAAUCUCCUGGGAGAAACAUGGACAAGAGCAUGAAGAAGAUGUGGAACUUGGUGAAACUCUUCCCAAUGAGGAUGGAACGUAUCAGAGGAAAAGCACCCUCAAAGUGACACCAGAAGAUCUGAAAAAAAUACAGUACAACUGUGUAGUUGAACAUAAGGGCAAAACCAUUAGAAUGAGUCUGCAGGAAGAUGAGAUCAGGACUAACAAUGGUAAAAGGAAUUCUGUUCCUGUUGGUAUCGUCUGUGGUGUUGCUGCUGCUGCUGCUGCUGCUCUGUUAUUUAUCAUUGGUGUUAUUGGAUUUAAGGUGUACCAGAAGAAAAAGUCAGCCUCAGACUGUUCAAAUGAUUUCAUCACCAAAAGCCAAAAACCUCUUAAUUCUAAACCUGACCCUGAAAAUGACAGUAAGGCAGAGAGUAACUCGGACAUUGGCUCUGAUGUUUGCUCUAACAGUGGCUCAGACUGCUCAAGUGUCGAUAGUACCAAGUGUCUAAUAAGAGAAAGGAAUUAAACACCACUAAUAUCAGUUCCAGCAGCUGUACAUAAAUUGUUUCCCAUUAAUGUUUCUCAGGGUCUAACUAUUGUUGCUUUGUUGAAAGUGAAAUGAACAUUAUUAUAUUAUUGUAAGUUAAUGAGUUUUCACUUGUAAAAAAAUAAAUGCAAUUUCUUAACCUAUAUAUGCCUAACCUAUGGCAGUAGCACUUUAAAGUAAGGCUUAUUCAGAUUGGAUGUAUAGAUAUCAAUAUGUAAAUCAGUACCUUUUGCGGGAGCAUUUUUUUUUUUAAUAAAAUAAAUGAUUUGUAUUUACAUUAAAAAUAUAAAUGUGCCAUUA